AUGUCGUUUAUGGGUGGCGCUGAAUGUUCGACAUCUGCGAACCCCCUCAGCCAGCUUCAUAAGCAUACUCAGAAUGACAGAACACUCCAGCAAGACCGUCUAGUCGGUCGAGGACCUGGAGGACAGCUCAAUGGAUUCCGAAGCCAGAGCGCCAGUGCGCCCCAGGACGAGAUGAUGAACGGCUUCCUUAACCAAGGCCCAAGCCUCCAGCAAGAAUUCCCCAUGCAGCCGAGUCAGAUGGCCCCUCUCGGCCUAGCCCAAUCCCAUAUGCGAGCCAACUCGGCGUCACCAACAUGGGCGCACGACUUCAAUGGCCAGCCAGCGAUGGAGUCAACUUUCCAGGCGCCACCUGCUGCACAAUCACACUUUAACGCUGACGAAUUUGCCCGUUUUCAGCAGCUUAACACACAAGGUUCUUCCGCGAGAGCGAGUCCGAUGCAAAGCAACGUUCCUAGCCAGAUGAACCAACAAAGACCCAUGAUGGGCGGCAUGAUGAACAGACCGAUGGGCUACACUCCCAUGUUUCAACCUAUGUACCAGAACCAGCAGCCCAUGCACCAACCACAACAGCAGGAUCUCAAGGGCAAGGGCCGCCUCGUGGAGCUCGACGACCACAAGUGGGAGGAGCAGUUCGCCUCGAUGGAGCUGCAAGAUAGCGAUAAGGCUAAGGAACAAGAAGAGGCAAAUGCCGCAGAGCAGGAGCUUAACGAAAUGGACAAAGGCCUGACGGCCGAAACUAAUGAACAAGACUUUGACCAAUUCGAUACCGAAUGGAGCAACAAUAUGAUGCCCGAUUUCGAGGGUAUGGGCGACUGGGGCCGCCUUGGGGACCCGGCUGUCGAAACCUACCUAUUCGAACAAGACAACUUCUUCCGCGACGAAAAGAACGCUUUCGAGGAGGGUGUGCGCAUCAUGAGAGAAGGCGGAAACCUGUCCUUGGCCGCGCUGGCUUUCGAAUCCGCUGUCCAGCAGAAUCCUAAUCAUACCGAGGCGUGGGUUUACCUAGGAACAGCCCAGGCGCAGAAUGAGAAAGAAACAGCAGCCAUCAGGGCUCUCGAGCAAGCGCUGAAACUUGACCCCAACAACUUGGCGGCCUUGAUGGGCCUGGCAGUAUCAUACACCAAUGAAGGAUACGACAGCACAGCAUAUCGAACUCUUGAGAGGUGGUUGUCCGUUAAGUAUCCUAACAUUCUCGAUCCCAAAGACCUACACCCACCCGCAGAGAUGGGUUUCACAGACCGGCAGCAGCUUCAUGACAAGGUGACAAAUCUGUUUAUCAAGGCGGCCCAGCUAAGCCCUGACGGCGAGCACAUGGAUCCCGAUGUGCAGGUAGGCCUAGGAGUGCUCUUUUAUGGCGCAGAGGAUUAUGACAAAGCAGUGGAUUGCUUCCAGUCUGCCCUCCACUCAUCAGAGGUUGGUACAUCCAACCAACAGGAGCAGCUUCAUCUCCUCUGGAACCGCCUCGGUGCAACUCUUGCCAAUAGUGGACGCUCUGAGGAAGCCAUUGCGGCAUACCAGGAGGCCCUUGCCAUGGCUCCCAACUUUGUGCGAGCCCGCUAUAACCUAGGUGUCAGCUGCAUCAACAUUCACUGCCACCAUGAGGCUGCCUGUCACUUCCUAGCCGCUCUGGAGAUGCACAAGGCCAUUGAGAAGUCCGGCCGGAGCAAGGCGUACGAGAUUCUGGGCGAUAAUGCCUCCGGCGUCGAUGAGACACUCGACCGCAUGUCAGCGCAAAACCGGAGCAGCACCCUGUACGAUACCCUCCGGCGUGUCUUUACACAAAUGGGUCGCCGGGAUUUGGCGGAGAAGACCGUUGCUGGCGUCGAUCCGGAUGUGUUCAGACCUGAAUUUGAGUUUUAG